AUGCCGGCCUUCAUCAAUCGACUCGAACCGUACUACUCUGGUGCAACUGGUAUUGAGCAGGGUCUUCUGACAGCCAUCCUUGAGCUCGGUGCCUGGGUGGGUGUUCUGUUCAAUGGCUGGCUCGCCGAUGCUGUUGGCCGUCGCAUCUCUGUCGUUAUCGCGGCUGCAAUCUUCACCGUUGGUGUCAUUAUCCAGGCAUGCACGCAAAGCGCCGAUCACAUUUUCGCUGGAAGAUUCGUGAUUGGUAUCGGCGUGGGAGCUUUUUCGAUGCUUGUCCCGUUGUACAACGCUGAGCUCGCACCUCCCGAGGUUCGUGGAUCAUUGGUGGCACUGCAGCAGCUCGCUAUCACGUUCGGUAUCAUGGUUUCAUACUGGAUCGGCUACGGAACGAACUUCAUCGGCGGUACUGGCGACUCCCAGUCCGACGCCGCGUGGCUCGUUCCCAUCUGCAUCCAGCUCCUACCAUCGACAAUUCUUGCUUCCGGCAUGCUCUUGUUCAUGCCGCAGUCCCCUCGCCACCUCAUGAACCGUGGCCGCGAAGAGGAAUGCCUCGAGACCCUGGCUCGUCUGCGCAAGACGGGUCCUGAUGACAUGCGAGUCAAGAUUGAGUUUCUGGAGAUCAAGGCCGCGAGAGAGUUCGAAGUACUACGCCUGCGUGAAAAGUUCCCCCAGUACCAGGACGGAAGCUUCAAGAGCAACUUCAUGGUUGGUCUGUACGAUUACAUGAGCUUGGUGACCAACAAGGCCAUGCGUAAGAGGACCAUGGUCGCCGUGUUCGUCAUGGUCUUCCAGCAGUGGAACGGCGUCAACGCCAUUUUAUACUACGCUCCCUUCAUCUUCCAAGGAUUCGGCUUCGAAGACAACACCACUUCGCUGCUCGCCACUGGCGUCGUCGGUGUGGUUAUGUUCCUAGCCACCAUUCCCGCUGUCCUUUACGUCGACAAGCUCGGCAGGAAGACCAUCCUGAUCGUCGGUGGACUCGGUAUGGCCACCUGUCACUUCAUCGUCGCUGGCAUUAUCGGUGCUUAUAGUGACAACUGGCCCGCUCAUCGUGGUGCCGGCUGGGUGGCAGUUGUCUUUGUGUGGUUCUACGCGAUCAACUUCGGUUACAGCUGGGGACCAGUUGCCUGGAUUGUCAUCUCGGAGGUCUACCCCCUCGGCAUGCGUGCUAAGGGUAUCUCCAUCGGUGGCUCAUCCAACUGGCUGAACAACUUCGCCGUCGCCGUCUCCACCAGCCCUUUCAUCAACGCAACCCAGUUCGGAGCCUUCAUCUUCUUCGGCGCCAUCACAGUAGUUGGUUGUCUCUGGGUCUAUUUCUUCGUUCCCGAGACCAAGGGUCGCACUCUCGAAGAAAUGGACGAGCUCUUUGGCGAAGUCGGCUUCGCACAGGCUGACUUGGCACGCAAGGAGAAGAUCGAGCGCGACAUUGGUCUUAUUGCGCUGCUGGGUGGGCCAGAGGCUGCGGCUGCUGACCAUACGAGCGACAGUGACGAGGGGAAGAAGAGUGGAAGUGAGCAUGUCACGCCUGCUAUUCCCGGUGAGAAGGCUGGUUGA